AUGGGCACGGCUCCACAAUGUAGCCCAAGUGAUGCAUACUUUUUUGGAGAAGCGUAUACAACUUUUAAUAAUCGGUUACAUGUUAUUGUAAGUCUGCAGAUUUUUCUGCCAAUUUUCAAAACAUGAUUUUAAAACACAUUAUUUUUAGGUAGCUGGCCGUAUUAUUCUUGCAAUUGAAAUUUCAAUAUUAUUCUUCACUGUAGUUAUAAUCCCAUCAACAAUCGGAUUUUUCGACACAAUUUCUUUAUUUCAAAUCCUAGUUAGUGGAUCGAUCUGGUUAAUGGCAUUUUUUGCGUUAACUCGACAUCGACACACACUUUUAUGGCCUAUUAUUAUUUUAAAGGUGAGAAAUUAUUGCUCAUUAAAAAUAUAUAAUAAUUGUAUGUGUCAGAUUUGUGAAAUCAUUCUUGGUGUAUUUUUGAUUGUUAUUGCUUCAUUGGUGGCUGUUGUAAGACAACAGGUUUUGAUCAAAUUAAUGCAGUGGAGAAUUACAACUAUUGAUCGUGAGUUUUUUGUUGAGAUUUAAAUUUGGAAUAUUUUGAUAAUCUUCAUAAUUCAAAUUUUUGUGAAAAAAUUUCGACAAAGUUUGUGAAAAAAUGUUGGGAUGACGUGGCGAGUUAUUAGUCAUUUUUUGUUUAAAACAUGUUGACAAAACGGAGUUUACACAUUUCUUGAUUUUUUUUUAAUUUUUUAAAAGUUCUUUGAAGAAAAAGCUACUAGAUGAAACAAUAAAAAUAUUGAAAAAUAAAAACAAACAUCAAGUUUUGUAUUUCGAUUGAAAAUUACAAACUUCUAAAAAAAAUCACACGUCCAUAUAUUUUCUAGACUCAAUUUUUUCUUGAACUUUUUCAAAAUUUUUAUAUUUUGGAAAAUGUCUGUUUUUACUUUUUUUUAAUCGGAAAACAAAAGUUAUCAUUAAAAAUUACAAAAAAUUAUUUCAAAAUUAUGUCACUUCUCAGGGCGAGAUUCCCUCGCUAAAUUGCUGCGAGUGCGCGACGAUUUUACGGUUUUCUUAUCCAUGUUUUGCGGAAGUCUCGCGCGUCAUUCCCUCAGAAUUCAUUAUUUGAAGUUGAACCUUCCGCAGAACAAAACACAUUUCACUAUAACAAAAAAAAACGUACUUCCAGAUUCCAAUCAAGGUAUACAUAUAAUUGGGUUAUUACUAUUUAUGUUUAUACAAAUUGUGUACAACACAAUAGCGGUUCAAACAUUAUGGGAUGUUUUCGAAUAUUUACGACAACGCACCAUUUUUCUAUAUAAUCAGGAACGAAGUCGAGUUCAUCAAUAUUUUUUAUGA